CCGCCCCCUCGGUGGCGCCCGUUUCCAUGGUGACGGGGCCCGGGCCGGGCGGCCUGGCAGUUGAGCCGGGGGUGCGGUGGCAGAGGCAGGGUGCGUGGGGAUGGCAAUAUGAUCGGCGCGGGGGUGGCGGCCGGGUCGCGGCCCCCCAGCUCGCCGACCCCAGGCUCGCGGGUCACGUGGCGCCGGCGCCAGCGCCCGGCCGUGUGCGUCCAGUCCCUGGGGCCGCCGAGCCCGCAGCUGGUGCAGAGCGACCCGCAGAAGCGGGUCCUGGUCCUGGAGAAGAGCCUGCAGUUCCUGCAGCAGCAGCACUCGGAGACGCUGGUCAAGCUCCACGAGGAGAUCGAGCACCUGAAGCGGGAGAACAAGGAGCUCCAUUACAAGCUCAUAAUGAAUCAGAAGUUACAGAAGAAAGGCAGCCUCUCCAUGUCAAGCUUCCAAUCUGUCAAGUCUAUGUCAAAUUCCACUGUGCCAGCCAACUCUCAAGGCAAGGCCAGGCCCCAGCCCAGCUCCUUCAAGAAGCAAGACUUGAAAGCUGAUGUCCCCCAGAAAGUGGACCUGGAAGAGGAGCCCUUACUUCACCACAGCAAGCUGGACAAGGUUCCUGGGGUGCAAGGGCAGGCCAAAGACGAGAAGGCAGAGGCCUCUCACGCAGGGGCUGCCUGUGCAGGGGGCAGCCAGCACCAGGGCAGGCAGAUGAUGGGGGUGUACCCCCCGAUGACUCUUCCCCCUUACCUGCGAAAGCCCACCACCCUUCAGCAGUGCGAAGUGCUCAUCCGCCAGCUGUGGAAUGCCAACCUCCUGCAGGCCCAAGAGCUGCAGCAUCUCAAGUCCCUCCUGGAAGGGAGCCAGAGGCCCCAGGUGGUCCCAGAGGAGGCUGGGUCUAGCUCUCCCAGGGACCAGGAAGCCAUGCAGUUCCCCAAGGUCUCCACCAAGAGCCUCCCCAAGAAAUGCCUGCUUCUGAGCCCCAUGCCUGUAGCGGAGCGUGCCAUCUUGCCUGCACUGAAGCAGACCCUGAAGAACAACUUUGCUGAGCGGCAGAAGAGGCUGCAGGCAAUGCAGAAACGGCGCCUGCACCGCCCCGUGCUUUGAGCCACCCACAUUCGGUCAGUGCCAGGCCCACCAUCCUGCAGCUGGAGACUGGCUCUCUAUAGCAUUUCCCGAUACUUUACUACUCUUAAGCCCAGCUGAAUUCCAGGAAAGAUGACACUUGAUAGAUAAAGGACCUGAUCUCCAAACUGACAAACGAUUUAUUUUCUAGCUGUUAUUUUGCUAUUUGGCAUUUGCAUAAAAGCACAUGAUGAGGUAGGUAUUGCCCUACCUGUUGAAACUAAAAAUAAAGCAUUUCUUUCCAA